AUGGCCGGAUCCGACGUCGAGACCAAAAGGGAGCGACGCUCCCCCUCACAAUCCUCGGAUCGGAGCCGCGAUCGACGACGAGACCACCGCGAGGACCGCCGCUCACGCCGCCGUGAUGACGACCGGCGAAGCUCACGCCGGGAUAGCCCAAGACGUCGCUCUUCUCGCAGCCCAUAUGAAAGAGACAGUGGACGAAGAGAUCGAGAUCGAGAUCGACGACCUCGAGAGCGCCGGGAGCGAUCUUCAAGCUCUGCGGACGAGGAUCGCCGAAGGCGCAGACAUCGCAGCCACCGACACCGUGACGACCGCGACCGUGAUCGGGACGGUGACCGGUCAUCCAGAAGACAUGGGAGCCCACGACGACGAUCUCAUUCACCUAAACGAUCACCGAGCCCCAAGGCAUUGCAGCGACGCGGUCCACUCCCUUCACAAAACGACGCCUUCUCGAAUGAGGUGACGCAGACAUCUGAUGCGCCUCUCCCAGAAAAAGAAAAGGCCAACUUUAAAAACACAGGCCGACUUGCCGCUGAAAGCAAUACUAUUCAUACCGAUGACGGGCAAGGAAUUGUGCUCAAAUAUCAUGAGCCCCCGGAGGCGCGCAAACCACCAGCGAAAGAAGCCUGGCGUAUGUAUGUCUUCAAAGGAGAAGAAUUGCUCGAAAUGGUUGAGUUGAGUGAACGCAGCUGCUGGCUGGUCGGUCGUGAACGCUUGGUCGUAGAUUUCCCGCUUGAUCACCCCAGCUGCUCCAAGCAGCAUGCCGCUAUCCAGUUCCGCUACGUGGAGAAGCGCAACGAAUACGGCGACCGGAUCGGCAAGGUCAAGCCAUAUCUGAUUGACCUGGAAAGUGCCAAUGGCUCCACUGUCAAUGGUGAAGCUGCUCCGGCAGGUCGUUAUAUGGAGGUAAUGGACAAGGACGUGAUCCGUUUUGGAUUGAGUACUCGCGAGUACGUCCUCAUGCUGCCGCCAGCCUGA